AUGUUCUCCAACGCGCUGAAGUCGUUCACUUCGAACAUCUCGAGCAACUACUCCCUCAGUCCCCAACCUACGUCGUACUCCGGGCCAUGGAAGAUAUACGACGCGAAGAAGAAGUCGACAGGCAAAGCCGCAUCCGUCUUUGUAUUCGAGAGAAAGUCAUUGGAGCCGCCAGCGGGCGCAGGUUUCGGCGGACGCUCAGCGGCCUCGGGUCUCAAACGAGCGCAUGAAGAGGUUGUAGAGAGGCUGAAGAAGGAGGCCAGCUCGCUAGCACGGCUACGACAUCCCAGUGUAUUAGAGCUGGUCGAACCGGUGGAGGAGACUCGCGGUGGCGGGCUUAUGUUCGCCACGGAGAUGGUGACGGCGUCUCUAGCAGGACUUUUGCAGGAAAAAGACGAACAAGAGAAGGCUGGAGGAGUCGGCGGGCGCCGGAGCCGCUACGUUGUCGAGGAGGCUGAUGGUCAAAAACGAAGACGAGAAAUCGAGAUUGACGAGCUUGAGAUUCAAAAAGGGUUGCUGCAGAUUGCGAAAGGCCUCGAGUUUCUGCACGAGAGUGCAGGCUUGGUGCACGCCAAUCUUACGCCAGAGGCUAUCUUUAUCAACGGAAAAUCCGAUUGGAAGAUCUCAGGUCUCGGCUUCUCGACCCCGCCAGAGAAUUCCACCAAGCCAACAUCAGUCACUCCGAUCUCCCUUUCCGAAGUCUUGAAUCAUGAUGCGCGGUUACCGAGAUACGUUCAGCUCAAUCUCGACUACACCUCUCCUGAUUUUGUCAUGGACGGGAAUGCUACACCGGCAGCAGACAUGUUCAGCUUGGGUAUGCUGAUUAUUGCUUUGUACAAUUCGCCACACAAGAGUCCAAUGGAGUUCAACGGCAGUUCGUCUUCAUACAAACGGGCUUUUUCGUCGUCUUCAUCGAUUCCGACCAGGAACAACAACUUCAUGUCCUCGCAACCACUGCCACGAGACGUCGUGAAUGGAGUCCUCGACCGCUUGAUCACCCGACGACCCGCACAACGAAUAGAUGCGCGCGAGUUUCAGCAAGCACAAUACUUCGAUAACAUUUUGGUGUCAACGAUCCGCUUCUUGGACUCCCUUCCCGCGAAGACUCCAAAUGAAAAGUCACAGUUCAUGCGAGGCUUACCACGCAUCCUCAACCAAUUUCCCAAGUCAGUCUUGGAUAAAAAGAUUCUCCCCGCUCUGCUAGAAGAGACGAAAGAUCGCGAGCUUCUCACCUUGAUACUACAGAACGUCUUCAAGAUUAUUACAAUGCUGCCAGGUGGAAAGCGUGCUUUUACGGACAAGGUGAUUCCGAAGCUGAGAGAGACUUUCUUGGUCGUUCCGGCGUCGGGCGCUAAGGGAGCGGCCCAAGAGAGAGAUAGCCUCAAAGAAGCUGGUCUAAUGGUUCUAUUGGAAAACAUACAGAUCGCUGCUGAGAACGCAAGUGGGAAAGAUUUCAAGGACGACAUUCUUCCGAUUAUCAACUAUGCCCUGGAGUCUCCCACCCAUUCACUGGUAGAUGCCGCUCUUCGUACCCUGCCUGUUGUCUUACCGAUACUCGACUUUUCGACAGUCAAGAAUGAACUCUUCCCUGUAAUAGCUUCCAUCUUCGCAAAGACCAGUAGUAUGGGUAUCAAAAUUCGAGGGUUGGAAGCAUUCAAAACACUCUGUGGCGGUGGAGGCGAUGAGCAGAACGACUCCCAGGGAGACGGGCUUACCGGAGUGGUCGCAGCUCCAAAAGCAAAAGGCUCCAGCGUAUCGAUACUGGAUAAGUAUACGGUUCAAGAAAAGGUCGUACCGCUGCUUCGAGGCAUUAAGACCAAGGAGCCUGCUGUCAUGAUGGCCGCUCUCGACGUCUUCAAAGCCAUUAGUAACCAAGUCGAUAGCGAUUAUCUUGCCAUGGAUGUUCUUCCUAUUAUCUGGCAAUUCAGCUUGGGACCAUUGCUGAAUCUUCCUCAAUUUCAAGCUUACAUGACUCUUAUCAAGUCCAUGUCAGCGCGCGUCGAGAACGAGCAAACCCGCAAACUCCAAGAACUUGGCGCCAAUAGUGCUUCUGUCACUACCCGCAAUGAGUUCAUGAGCUUCGGAGGCCCAAGUGCCACCAAUGGCUUUGAAUCGAGCAACGGGGAUGGUGAAAAUGGUUUCGAGGCGCUCGUGCGAGGUGGGCCGCAAGGUUCAUCUGGUGGGACAGACAUGCUUGGUGGAGAUGCAUGGGCAAACACUGCAGGAUCUGCAUCGUCGUCUACUGUGUUACCAUCACGGCCCUCGAACCACCGUACAAGAUCGAACAAUGCGUCGCCAGCGGCCACGUUCUCAUGGUCAACACCACCCGUAUCACCACCUCCACCAAGUACGCGUCUCUCGGCGCCGCAAGCGCAAAUUCAAACUAUAACGCCCGACAACAAUCUCAACACGCUCAACUCGUCUUUCCCAGCCCUGAGCGCCACCAACCCGGGUAUUGGCAGCUCGUCGUUUUCUCAACCACAGCAGCAGGCGCGGCCAAGUACGAGCAUGAAUAGCAUGAUGUCUCCUACUAUACCACCAUCAUACAGUAACUCACAGAAUUCCGGUAUAGACUGGAGCAAAGCAGCCGGCUCCUCGUCAACGCCAAGCGCAUCAAGCGGUUUCUCAAGUUUCCCUUCCUUGGCCCCAGCUCCUUCACAGCCGCAAUCUCAGAGCAGUCCCUACUCUUCGUUCAGCAUAGCGCCUCCGAAGGCUACCAACAGCGCCUUUAGCAUACCUCCGCCACCGAGUUUGAACAUGGCAAAUAGGACGGCGAGUGCUGGGAGUGGCAUGGGCAUGAAUAGCAUGGCAUCAUUACGGGCGCAAACGCAGAAUCAUCAACAGCAGCAGCAGAAUCGGCAGCAGACACAGGGAAGUUGGGGAAGUGGAGGUGACAGCUUGAUAUGA